AUGCAGUCGUGGCCGGCCGGUCGAUUACAUGCCGGUGACAAGCUAUUGCGCAAUAUUGCGUUCUGUGUACACCAGCAGCAACAGCAGCAGCAGCAGUUCCGCCGGAACACGGCAAUGGCGCCCACCGGCCGGACGGCAGGCAAGCAGGCAGGCCGUUCACGACCUGCGACAGACAGAGCUGCUGGCUGGUCGACGCCGAACGAUGAUAUCACCUGCCCCUUGGUGAACAGACCACCCCGAUAG